AUGUCUAAGCCCAAGGCGUUCCUCAAACAAUCAAAGUCGAAGAAGAAAGCAGAACAAGCGCUAGAAACCGUCGAUGAUUUUCAGGCAGCUGGAGUGGACUUCGAAGAAGCUGCAGGGAAAUGGAGGGCUGGGGACGCUGUCAAGUCCAUGCGUUUCUUUUCCAGAGCCAUCGAGGUCUAUGACCAGGGGUUGCAAGCCUACCCGACUAGCAUUGAUCUGGCGUACAACAAAGCAAGGGUCUUGUUGGAAAUUGCAACGCAUCCUCUUCUGGUGCCACAUCUGCACCGACCACUUCUCGAGGUCCUGCAGCAGGCAUUAGAGGCGCAUCGUUACGCUCUUAGCCUGGACCAGGACAACCCGGACACUUUGUUCAAUACGGCUCAAGUUCUGACGGCUGUUGCCGAAGUCAAUGCCAAAGAUGCAAGUCACGCUGAUCAGGAUGUUCUGCAACCACUCGAGGAAGCCUUGGAAUUACAGAAUCGUUGUUUGAGUAUUCAAGAGCUCAGGCUCGAGGAAUACAUGCAACAGCAGGACGAGGCGGCCGCCCAAAUAGCAUCGGAACAGCCAGCUGAACCCGUCACUGGUUUGGACGACGCCCCCGAUCCUGCUCCCUCUGCAGCUGGCACCGAAGACCAGUGGUUCUCGGUCGUGGAGCCGGUCACAAAAGAGACUCUUAUCGACACCAUUCUUGCACAGCUGGGAACCCUCACUACCCUCAGUAGCUUUCUGAGCUCCUCUGACUCCGUCGCGGCCUCUAGCUUAGGUUACGUUGAAGAAUGUUCCUCCAGACUGAUCAAUAUAAAGCUGCCGCCGCUCCUUCAAGAUGCUGAGCCAGAAAGACUACAAGAAGUUGCACUUGCUCGGGCGAAUCUGGCAUCUGAGUUGCUCAAAGCAGGCUACCUAUUGGGGUCAAUCGACCCAACGACAUACAGGAGGGAGCGGGACGAAGCAUUUCAAGUACCUGAACUGGACCUGGAGAGGAACUUUCCUGCCCUCCUGGCUAACGCGAACAGUCUGAUUGCGUUCAACUCUGCUCUUGCGGAUGGCGAGCCCUCGAAUGCCGUGACCCAUGCGUCCAUGCGGUGGAGUGCUUUAGCCGCAGCGAUCGCUAACAUGGCUGCUGCAUCUAAGAUCUCCGGUCCUUUGCCUGAGGAUAUUGCCGAAACACAUUUUAUCCGGGGGAAUUGCUCUCUUCUGCAAUAUCAGCUAGGACGGCCGCCCAUAUCCUUCAGCUCCGCCAUCGCGAACGCGUCCCAGCUCCUGAAAAAUGCAGAAACAUUUUAUCGCAAUGCCAGCAAACUCUACCAAGACCCCGAACAGAAAGCUUCAUCGCAGCUGAGAGCCAUUCUUGCUCAGGCUGUUCCGACACAGAAUGAUAUUGCAUCCUAUGCUGCCCAGCAUGACCAGGGGAGAGGCCAGGACUGGGUUAGGGUUCAGCUUGAUGACAUGGUCGACGAUGGGCUCAUAAUGCCGCCAGCUCAACCUCUUUGA